AUGAAGGACGUAUCAUUCGUGGAUCGUCUCUUCGUCGGCUUGGCCAUGGCCUCUUUUGUUGUGGCCACUGAGGAGAGGCCUGAUUGCCCGAAGCUCUGUGUAUGUGAGAUUAGACCCUGGUUUUCUCCCAGUUCUGUGUACAUGGAGGCGCAGACAGUUGACUGUAAUGACUUGGGACUCUUUAGUCUGCCAGAAAAACUACCUGUGGGCACACAAGUACUAUUACUGCAAACAAACAAUGUUGCCAAGAUUGACAAACCCUUGGAUUACCUGGCCAACAUCACAGAGAUCGAUUUAUCGCAAAACAACUUAUCCUCUAUCAGCGACGUCCAUCUGGGGAACCUCCCUCAGCUGCUCUCCCUUCACAUGGAGGAGAAUUGGAUACGAGAGUUGCCUGAACAAUGUCUGGCAGAGGUGGCUAACCUUCAGGAGCUCUACAUGAAUCACAACCUCAUCUCCUCCAUUUCCUCAAUGGCUUUCCACGGUCUCAGCAACCUUGUGCGGCUCCACCUCAAUUCUAACAAGCUGAUAGCCAUUAACAAAGAGUGGUUCGACCCCAUGCCAAAUCUGGAGAUCUUGAUGAUUGGUGAGAAUCCAGUUCUUUCUAUUGAUGAUAUGAACUUCAAACCCCUCAGUAAUCUCCGCAGUCUUGUUCUUACCAGAAUGAACUUGUCUCAGCUUCCUGACGAUGCACUGGCUGGUCUUGAUAACUUAGAGAGCAUAUCAUUCUAUGAUAAUAUUUUCCCUGAGGUGCCUCAUUCUGCCCUGAGAAAUGUAAAAAACCUUAAGUUUCUGGAUCUAAAUAAAAACCCCAUAACGAGGAUACAGAGAGGAGACUUUGUGGAUAUGCUGCAUUUGAAGGAACUAGGGAUUAAUAGCAUGCCAGAGCUAGUUUCCAUCGACAGCUUUGCCCUCAAUAACCUCCCUGAGCUGACCAAAAUAGAAGCCACUAACAAUCCUAAACUCUCCUACAUCCACCCUAAUGCUUUCUACAAACUACCGCGGCUGGAAACCUUAAUGCUAAAUGGCAAUGCGCUCAGUGCCCUCCACAGGAUUACUGUUGAGUCCCUCCCAAAUCUCAGAGAAGUUAGUAUGCACAGCAACCCCAUCCGCUGUGACUGCGUUGUGCGCUGGAUGAACAUGAACAAGACCAAUAUUCGCUUCAUGGAGCCAGAUUCACUCUACUGUGUGGAGCCUCCGGAGUAUGAGGGGCAGCAUGUCCGACAGGUGCACUUCAGGGAGAUGAUGGAGAUUUGUCUGCCACUCAUCUCUCCCGAAAGCAUGCCUGGGCAUAUUAAAGCACAGAACGGGAGCUCAGUGUCACUCCAUUGUCGGGCCUUUGCUGAACCGGAGCCGGACAUCUAUUGGAUCACCCCGUCUGGUACCAGAGUCCUGCCUAACACCGUCUCUGACAAGUUCUAUAUGCACCCAGAGGGAACUUUUGACAUCUAUGACAUAACAGAAAAUGAAGCUGGACUUUACACUUGUGUUGCCCAUAAUCUGGUUGGAGCUGAUCUGAAAUCAGUUUCAGUAGAGGUGAAUGGAUAUUUUCCCCAAUCUGCAAAUGGGUCUCUGAACGUCAUAGUCAAAACAGUGGAGACAAACUCCAUCCUGGUUUCCUGGAAGGCCGGCCCCGGCACCUUGGCUCCCAACAUUAAAUGGUACACUCUAUCAGACGCCAACCAUCCCACUACAGCCUUUACCACCAGGGUUCCUUCUGACGUUCAGGUCUACAACCUCACCCAUCUCAGCCCCGCCACUCACUACAAAGUAUGUGUGGAUGUCCGCAGCAUCCACUACAAUCAUGACACCAAAUGUGUCAAUGUCACCACUAAGGGAUUAGAGCUGGCAGCCAAGGACGCAGAAAAAUGGGACGCAGCAGUAAUCACUGUCUUUGGUGUGCUCUUGGCUGUGAUUUCAGUGGCCUGUCUGCUUAUUUAUGUGUCUCUGAGGAACCACCACCUUUACGGGGAUAUAAGGAAAUGCAACUCCAAAGCUUCGCUGACGCCAGUGGAAGCUACCGGUAUGCACUCUCCUUUCUUUACAAAGCUGUGGGUUUCGGGUAAGGGACUGCCAAGUGGAGUGGAAGUGAAAGCCACAGUCAUAAAUGUAUCUGACAAUGCCUUUUAA